AUGAUUCAGCCGGUCUCGCCAGAAUCGGCACAGUAUUGUGGUCUAUUAGCCAAAUAUAGUUCGGUUCUAUUUGGCAAUCUAGUAUGGCUACCUAAUUUCAAUGGUAAACCGUAUUUCAAUUUUGUUGCAACGGUAGACGCAGUAAAAAGUGGUAAUGUACUCAGUGGUUAUUUAAUUGACUACGUCAAAAGUGGUAAAGUAAUCGUUAUCCAAGGCAUUAUUGGUGAACGAUUUUCGAGUGUCGUGAAUCAGGCAUUUCUUGCAAAAAUAAAUAACACCGGUCUAACUGUCGCUGUUAAUAGUCAUGGUUUUUAUGACCAAAAUAUAACGAUACCGGUCAUUACACAAGCAUUAAGUGCAAAUCCAAAUGCGAAAGCCAUUGUUACAUUUUCCGGUGAAAUGGGCAAUGGUGUUGCCAUUUAUCUAAAACAAAACGGAAUUAAAAACAUCGUUUAUAUAUCAGUUGAUUGCAAUGUAGAACUUGCUGAAUACAUACGUGAUAUGUUAAGCAUAUAUAUUAAAUAUAUAUGUUAG